AUGCUCGGCAUGCCAACCAACCGCAAGAGGACAAGACCCACCAGCCCCAAAGUGGUUCGGCGCUCGCCUGUCCGACAUGCUCCGAUUGAAACUCCGCAUUUGGGGGAGAAAUAUGCAGCCUUUGGCCCCCAUGACGAAUGUGUUUGGGGGAUCCCCGAUUACGGGCGCCUGACGCCUUCAUCCCGAACGGUGGGACCGGAAGAUCACUGCCCACCGGUCGAGGCUUUAGAGCGCGCGACGAAGCAGCAGAACACCAUCGGCUACGAUCGCACAGCGGAUCAGACCAGUCAGCGGGCGCAUCGAAGAAAACAGCGUGCUUCCUGCUCCGCUUCGCGCCGGUCGUCAAUAGGCGAAUGGCUGUGCUCUUUUGCUUGGCGACAGUGGUAA